AUGGCAAAUGAAAAUUUCACUGUGAAAAAUGUAGAUGGCUUUAUAAUCACUGGAUUUGAUCACCUGCAGAACCAAAAGCUCCUUGGAUUCCUCAUCUUAAUAACCUACAUGCUCAUAUUGCUCGGGAACGGCAUCAAUCUGUGUAUCAUCUCGACUAACAGACAUUUACACAAGCCAAUGUACAUAUUAAUCUGUAAUCUAGCUGUUGUUGACAUAAUGUUCUCCUCUACCUGCAGCACAACCAUGAUCUCAGUGCUGCUGGCUGAGAUUAAAACUGUUUCAUACUAUUCGUGUAUCUCAAGGACAUACUUCUAUCAUCUUGGUGAUUUCACAGAGUGCAUGGCUCUGACAUUAAUGGCAAUAGACCGACUUAUUGCAAUCAGGCUUCCUUUGAGAUACCACAGCAUUGUAACAAAUUCACGAACCUUUCUGCUCAUUUCUCUGACCUGGCUCGCUGGUUUUGCUGUUAUAGGUUAUGUGAUAUCAGUAGUAGACAGUGUUCCAUAUUGUCAACCUGUCAUCAGAUAUGUGUUUUGUGAAUAUGCUUCCAUGAUCAGAGCUGCUUGUGUUAAUCCUGAACCAUAUUUUUUCAUACCUGUUAUGAUAAGUCUUUGGCCAAUGUGUGGACAGUUUCCUUUUAUUAUGUGUACCUAUGCUGUCCUGGCUUACAGUGUGACUAAACUCUCCAACAACUCAAGCAAAAAGCAAAUGAUCAGCACCUGCUCCAGUCACCUCAUUGUUCUGCUCAGUUUUUAUGCACCCAAGCUGGUCUCUGGAAUACUAACUCGAAUAGGAGUUGUGCUAAAUUUGACAGAGCGAAAUGCAAUUUUGAUUGUAGCCUCUCUAAUUCCUCCCUUAAUAAACCCUGCUGUUUACUGCACCAGAACUAAAGAGAUCAGGACACGAUUAGCAGAUGUAUUUUUGCGCAAAAAAAUAGUACCAAAUAAUCUGAAGUCAAUUUCAAUGGCUGUAUCAUCUUAA